AUGAAGGUAUUGUGGUUGUGUCAGAAAUCAGCCAAUUUCUUUUUCUAUAGCCCAUAUGGAAAUGUCAAUUCUGCAAUGAUGUUAGCAAGUCGGGUAUUACGAUUGUGGUCCUGCAUGGGCGAAUUUAUUCAGAUGACUAAACCGAAUACAUCUGCCAUUGGAUGCUCACUGGAAAUGUGCCGAGGACCUACCGUAUCAAUGACUGUCGUUAUGGCGUGCUUCUACGGCGAACCUGAGGCACAAGAUGAUAACACUGCGAUUGGAAUUCUGUCGGCAGUAACAAUAAAGCCAACAGUAGUGACCACCACCACGACAGCCACUAUACCUUCUACCAUAUCGUCAAAAAACUGCAAUGCAAGGAAGGAUGAAGCCUUCAGGAAUUAUACAGUAGAAUUCCACAAUAGAAUUCGUAAAGCAAAUGGAUUAAAACCGAUGAAUAGGAGUUGUGAGCUGGAAAGGAUGGCCGACGAUGCAGUUAUUGGAUGCCCAGUGAGUGCUAGAUUCGAAUCCGAUGCAAUGAACUACUCAAGAUGCAAGUCGAAGUUUUUCAAUGGAAAUGUGAAGGAUAAAGGAGCGAAGAUGGCGCAGUGGCUAACGAUGUCGUCGAUCAAGAGUUAA